CGGCCAACGUUUUUCACAAUUGCCAACUUCACAGAUGAAUUUACUGAGACAUUAGAGCAAAAGCAAAGUUCUUCUUAAUCCACAUUUUAUGUGAUUGAGAAAGAGAUUCUAAGCCCAGAAAACACCAAAAACCCUCCAUUUCUUUUGCUUUCCAUCUUAUUUUUUCUUUCACAUUUUCUUUUCUUUGUAGCUCGAAAGUCGAAAUCUUCUGCUGUUGCUACUACUACUACUACUCCAGGUCUUUGGUUAGCAAAAAAAAAAAAAAAAAAAAAAAAGGAGUUUUAAGAUCUUUCUUGGUUCUGUGUUCUCAAAAUGGCAACUUAUGUUUCUCCAUGCUUGACUCCUCCGGAUUCUCGUGUGCUCACUGUUCUUCGAAAGACUGUAUUACCGGAAAAUCAUCUAGGAAGAAGGGUUAGUUGCUUCAGAAUGAUUCAAAGUAAGAGAAACCACGUUCUUGCUGCUCAUAAACCGAUCAGAAACUCUUUAUAUUCUCAUAGUCCAAACAAUUUCCAAAGCCAAGACUCUUUCUUGAACCUCCACCCAGAGAUAUCGAUGCUCAAUCCAAGGAAAGAAACUUCCAGUGGUGCUCCCAUCGCCGAGGAUUUCGGCGAGCCGACUGCUCCGAGCACUUACAAUGAGGCAAGGAUAAAAGUUAUCGGCGUCGGAGGUGGUGGCUCAAACGCUGUGAACCGCAUGAUACAGAGUGAGAUGGUUGGUGUGGAGUUUUGGAUUGUGAACACCGACAUUCAGGCGAUGAGAAUGUCUCCGGUUUUCCCGGACAAUAGGUUACAGAUUGGUAAGGAGCUGACUAGGGGUUUAGGUGCUGGAGGUAAUCCAGAGAUUGGAAUGAAUGCUGCUAGAGAAAGCAAAGAAGCUAUCGAAGAAGCGCUUUAUGGUUCAGAUAUGGUUUUUGUCACAGCUGGAAUGGGUGGUGGAACCGGGACGGGUGGGGCUCCGAUAAUAGCAGGAGUUGCAAAAGCUAUGGGUAUAUUGACUGUUGGUAUUGUCACAACGCCUUUCUCCUUUGAGGGACGGAGAAGAACAGUCCAGGCUCAGGAAGGGAUUGCAGCUCUCAGGGAUAAUGUGGAUACUCUCAUUGUUAUUCCAAACGACAAGUUGCUUACAGCAGUCUCUAUGUCUACUCCAGUUACAGAAGCAUUUAAUUUGGCUGAUGAUAUACUUCGUCAAGGAGUCCGUGGAAUCUCUGAUAUUAUUACGAUUCCUGGAUUGGUCAAUGUGGAUUUUGCUGACGUGAGGGCUAUAAUGGCGAAUGCAGGUUCUUCAUUGAUGGGAAUAGGAACUGCAACAGGAAAAACUCGAGCAAGAGACGCUGCAUUAAACGCGAUCCAGUCACCGUUGUUAGAUAUUGGCAUUGAGAGAGCCACUGGAAUCGUUUGGAACAUAACCGGUGGAACUGACUUGACACUCUUCGAGGUAAAUGCUGCUGCGGAAGUGAUAUACGACCUCGUUGAUCCGACAGCCAAUCUUAUAUUUGGCGCUGUGGUAGAUCCAUCCUUUAGUGGUCAGAUAAGUAUUACCCUAAUAGCAACCGGCUUCAAACGGCAAGAAGAAGGAGAAGGGAGGCCACUUCAGGCGACACAAGCGGAUGCAUCAAUGGGAGUAACAAGACGUCCUUCUUCAUCUUUCACUGAAGGCAGUUCCAUAGAGAUCCCAGAGUUCUUGAAGAAGAAAGGCCGCUCUCGCUAUCCUCGCCUCUAAAACUCAUCUCCUCAAGGAUCCGUGCGUAUAUGCAAUUGCCUCUCUUGGUGAUUCCUUAAUAGGUGUUAGAAAUGGCUUUAUUGUUGAUUAUAUUACAAUAAAGUAAUGUUUAUUGACAGAUGGUAUUUAUAAACCUCAGUCUCUGUCACACUUGUUUCAAGAGUUUGCCUUCUAAUACUAGCAAUUGGAUAAAUGUAUAAGAAGGCUAGAAACUCUGCUCUUUGAAUUUCAUUUUGGUUACUGACUUACUUACAUUCUUCUUGUCUAUAGAGACCUCAAGAUAGAGACGAAUAUUAAUAUCGUAUGAUGGUGCAGUGCAUAUAUAUGAUUUUGGUUGUUUAAAACAUUCGUACGGCUGCAUGCAAGAAUUUUACGAAGCAUCGAUCGAACGUUAUUAUUACUUCUUAUUGUUUACAAUGUAUAUACAUGAUAAUUCGAAAGAAAUAAUGCAAAAAGGUCAUAAUUAAACGAGAACUUCAUCAUCAUAGCUAGGGAGCAAAUAAUUUUGGUGAAUAUCUAAGUGUAUAAAUCCAACUAUUUAAAGUAUCCAACGUUGCUACUAUCCCUUGUGCAUAGAGCAGUGAUAAGGAGGAGGAGGUCUUGGAAUGGGUCUACAAGGCUUAUCAUUCUUUCCCGUAGCUCCACUUGUCGAAGGAGAAUCUCCACAUGGUGGGGGAGGUCUUGUGCAUAUCAUUGCCGCCUUACCUUUUGACACACUCUAGCCUCUAAGAGACUGACCUAGGUGACGGAGUCUAGCCUCUGUGACACGAGCUUGAAUGGAUAAACAUAGAAGUAGAUGAAGCAAACUCAGAAGAAGAAAAGCUUGUGUUGUUUUCUUCAUUACCAUUGCAAACAAUUGUUUUGUUCCUCUCUCACGUAUCGUCGACCAGUAAUGUGUAUAUAUAGAUUAAAG